AUGUCAGACGUUGAAGAACAAUUUGUUGAAGAACAACAACCAGUUGUUCAAGAAGAAUUACAAAUCGUCAACUUAGCAACUCCAAUCCCAUUAGACGUUCAAGAAGCACAACAAGAAGUUAAAUUAUUUAAUAAAUGGUCAUUUGAAGAUGUUGAAGUUAAAGAUGUUUCAUUAGUCGACUAUAUCCAAAUCAGAUCACCAGUCUUUGUUCCACAUACUGCAGGAAAAUAUGCUUCAAAAAGAUUUAGAAAAGCUCAAUGUCCAAUCAUUGAAAGAUUAACAAAUUCAUUAAUGAUGAAUGGUCGUAAUAAUGGUAAAAAAUUAAAAGCAGUUAGAAUCGUUCAACAUGCUUUAGAAAUUAUCCAUGUUUUAACCGAAUCAAACCCAAUCCAAGUUGUUGUUGAUGCCAUUGUUAACAGUGGUGCUAGAGAAGAUUCUACAAGAAUAGGUUCAUCAGGAACUGUUAGACGUCAAGCAGUUGAUGUUUCACCAUUAAGAAGAGUCAAUCAAUCUAUUGCUUUAAUCACCAUUGGUGCUAGAGAAGCUGCUUUCAGAAACAUUAAAACUAUUUCAGAAUGUUUAGCUGAAGAAUUAAUUAAUGCAGCAAAAGGUUCAUCUACUUCUUAUGCUAUCAAAAAGAAAGAUGAAUUAGAAAGAGUUGCUAAAUCUAAUAGAUAA